GUGAGGUUUAUAUUUUAGUUUUUUUGAGAAAGACGAGAAAUGGAUACAAAUAAUGGUGGUAUCUGAGUCGUUUGCAAAUUCUGGUGCGCCAAAACCAGCAAUGACUUCUCCGGAAGGAAGUCCUGCUUUGCCAGACGUUCUUGGCCCGGGUGGUCAGGAAAAUUUCCACCACAGAAGCGCGCAGGUGACGAAGUGUGAAGAAGAAGGAGAAGAUGUUGGUGCUGACAACAAGGAUCACAGCACAGAUGAUCCUUUUGCACCACAACCAGCUGCAGGCAGCACCAACCCCAUCAGCCCGAGCAGCAACACAAACAAGGUAGAGGACGAGGCAGUACGGGAUUUGAAAAAAUGCAUUCUCCGCAACACCAAGCAGACCAGCCUGAAGCGCUCGGAAUCCGAGCCCGACUUGAGGCGCAGUAAAAUGCGGUCGGGCCGAAUUGCGCAACCCGGCGGCUUCCGGAGACACUUUGUCUUGACGCACGAACAAGGAGCAGCGAGUGGAUCCUCUCUUGAGGCUGCUGGAGAGAACAAGCAUCAAGGUUUGCUCCACGUUUCGUCUUCGGGCCGGACUCUCGAUAGCAGCGAUGGUAGUUCUACGAUCCGGGAAAAAGCCAGCAGCCUCGCACCGCAGCUCUACCGGAAUCGUGGGCAGUCGUGCUUGGCGGGCGGUAGUAGUACUACAGGUGGAGCAGCUGCAGCAGCAGCUUCUCCGGCUCCGCGCACACCUCCUAUGGGCGCAGGCGCAAAUCAUGCGACUGGGGUCUUGACGAGGGUGAUUCAGGGAGGACUCUUCACUGAAGACACCAGUCCGGUUCUUGGCGAGGAUAGUAAAGAACACCACGACCUCCAGGCGGGCGCCGUUGAAACAACUUCUUUUGAUGCAACGGCGCGAGGACAAGGCGUCCAAAAUCCUGAAGAUGGCGAAAUUGAUGGUCACGCUGUAGUAGUUGGCGAGAAGAUUAAGGCCGCUCCACGGUUGAGCAAGACGUGGAGCUUUCCGGUUUCGUUUCAAGAAAUGCAGGAGGCAAACAGCUCGUGCAGCGCCACUGUGAAAGACAAGCCCGAUAGCAGCUGUGCAACGCAGGAGCAAGAUGACAGAAAACAACCAAGCAGCGCGAAGAUGAAAGACACUGGAGUAGAUCAUGGGCAGCUAAUUCUUUCUGCCGACGCAGCUCCUGUGGUCGCUGCGGGUGCUGGCGCACCUCCGACGAGUUGUGCCGUUGCUAGUACUGGUGCUACAACCGCUACGGCUCCUCAAAGUUGUAUCAAACAAGACGGCAACAAGCUGACGAAGCAGAACCAAAGCGCUCCGGGAGUGUUGGAGUGUGCUGCUGCGUCCAGAAACAAGAACGCGCUUGUUACCGAGCCGGCUGUUUCCGCCGUUUCGGGACACGCCGACGUCCCGGACCUUCAUCAAGGAGGCACAACUUCUAUAGGUUUAGAAGGUGCUGACAAUAAUAUAGUACCUUCCUACCCCUGUACUAGCACCCGCUCCACGAGGACGUCGUCGACCUCUGCCGCAGCUACGAUCGUCAGCAGCGUCGCUACAGUGCUUCCCGUCGCUGCGGCUGCAAACUCUGCGAAAGUGGUGCGCAGCGCUGCUGGCCACGCUAGUACAACAACUUCUGCAACUGCGAAAGCAGCUGGAUCGAGUAGAGCUACAACGGGCAAUAAAGUUGCUUCGUCUAGUACAACUACAACUAUUUACGGUACCUGUGCAGCUUCUGCAUCCUCGAAAAAUCAACAACCUUCAAAAAACAAAAAGAAGCAGCCAAACCUUUCCUACGCACGCAUCCCGCUCUUGUCCCAGUUGUUGGAUCCUCGGUUCGCGUUUCCCGGUUUUUCCGCGGACGAAGAGGACGAAAGCGACACCGAAAACAGCAACGCAGCGUUGAAAGCCGUGCAGCAGCGGUUGACAUGGACCCCGAUUUUGGAACUCUCGGACGAUGACGAAGAACUGUUGUAUGGCAGUUCAGAACAACUCGGAGAUAGUUCUUGUGAAGACCAUACGCGAAAUAGAAAUUACAGCCGUAGCAUCUACGGCUCAACAUCGUCAACACCGGACAAGCUGCGUGAUUUCGAGAACAAUGCGAAUGAGCUAUUGGUGGACAGGCGUCUCCUCGGCAAGAGGAACAAAGCCACCACUCCACCCCUGCUACCGAACAAGGGCCCAGCCGACCGUGGCAUCAACCGGGCUGGAAGUAGGAAAAAAGAGCACAACAGGCUGGAUGAUAGCAGAACCGCGUCUGGCUCAAGAGCAAAAAAGCUGAAGCAUGACCGCAGUCGACGUGCCAAGGCCGCGAAUCAAAUAGGAUCAUUUGGAGGUGGGGGUCUCGGUGGCGAAGAUACCACACCGGAAGAAAUUUCCUCGACGCUGCGGCAUGAACUACAUCACGAAGAAGUCCACGACUCGGCUUCGUCAGAUGACGAUGAAACGCAGGCCCUGCUUGCGCGCACUCUGACGGCGACUAGCGGACCCAAUGGCACUACUACAAGUACUACACACGUCCGGAAACUGGUAACAGCGACGAAAAAAAGGGAAAGCACGUCGAGCUUGAAGAAAGGGACGCAGAAUGAAAAGUUUGCAAUCACUCCUGGAACUACUACAUUAGCGACACAAAGUGCCAUGCCAGAAAAGAAGGUGAGUCGCGCGGCCACGAUGACGACGGUUUUCAUUUUGACGAAAAGCAUGAUUGGAACGGGAAUCUUUACCUUGGCGAGACCGCUGGGAAAGGCGAGUGUUGUGAACGGCUCGCUGGUUUUCACAUUUAUCUCCUGCCUCUGCGCCUACUGCUGCUUGUUGCUCAUCCGAGCACGAAACGCGCACCACGACCGAUUGAGGAGUGCGGGGCAGACGGAAAUUUCGAAGGUGAUAAAGAUGUAAGUAUAUGCGUGGCGCCGCUUAUCAUGACAAUAGGGGACGUAGAUGGAGAUUUUUGUAGUACAACGCAGGUGAACGACUGGAAGUUGAUGCAGAAGAGUAAGUACCGAUUGACAAUAGUGCGUGAUUGUAUUUGUAUUGCCAGCCAUUUUAUGCUUAUGUAUGAAAUCUGUAUAAAAAUUAUAUCAACUACACAGGACCAGCUCACGUUCGAAUCUCUCGCCGCCCACGCGUUAGGGGGAAAGUGGGGCAAGAUUGUUUUCUCCUUUUUUCUCCUCGCGGCGGAGUUCGCCAUGGUGAUCUCCUCGUGUAUCGCCAUCGCCUCUGCGUUGUCCGGCGCUUUCCGCAAUAUCGUGCCCGAGAAGGUUUUGGGGGACAGUGUGUCCCGGGAAACGGCGCUCUUACUCGUCGUGACGCUAUUGCUGAUUCCGCAGUGCUGGGUGCGGAAAAUCAAAUACUUCGUCUACAACAGUUUCGUCGGUGCGUUGACGACGCUGUGGUGCUUGUUCUACGUGUUGGGGUCCAACACCUUCCAACUGAUUUUCGAAGAAGCGGCGACAACACCUCCAGGUCUGAACUCGGUGGUAUCAAAGCCGGAAACUUUGGUGGGACAACUGCCAGGAGGCGUUCUCCUGUCAGAGACCGCCUUGAUGGCAGGAGCAUCUUCUCUGUUAGAAGAUUAUACACAGGAGCAUGGAGCUACUGGAAGUACUUCUAGAGAACAACAAACAUCAGUGCUACAACAAGCUGCUUCGCCAGUUGUCUUUUCGGCGAACCGAGCGGCUCGUAUGCGCGGCGGUGCGGAAGCAGAAGGUCUUAAUGAGGACGAAGGUGUUCCAGUAGUUCUUGGGGACGAGGAGGAACCAGCAAGGCCAGGCACGAGCUCAUCACCUGCGGGCGAGUUUGUUCCGGGAGGAACCCUUGCAACAAGUAGAACCGCACCUCCUUCGGAAGGUCGUGACCAGGAACAAGGGCAGCGGAAUUCUGCGGAAGAACGGAUGUCCCCAGGUGGUGGUGGUGGUGGUUCACCAUCUCCUGUUGUUGUUGACCAAGAUGUAGUUGCACAGCCGUUUGAUACCAUGCCAACUUCUCCUCCUCCCUCUCCUCCCUCUCCGCCCCUGCACCACCACACGCGACACCCAUCAAAUCGUGAAGGUAAGAAUGAUGACUUGAACGCAGCCAGCACGACCCCUCUAUUUGAUCGUAUCGGUCUUCCCGACCAAAUGACCAACGCGUUCGCUCAAGCGGAUGAAGAUCCACCAACGUCGAGUAGUACUAAAGGCCCAACAAGACAACAACUUCUCCCGAAAAGACCGCGGUUGGACAGCCCGUUAACCGAGGACUUUCUUUCUAAGCACGACCAGGCUAUUGGGGCCCGCCCGAUGGGAACAAGUUUUUUUCAAAACGCCCCGGAUGAAGUUGUAGAUCCGCGCUGGAGCCAGGACCCGCUGAAGGGCGGCAAGAACAAGAAAAACUACGCCAACGAUCAGGAAACGGGGCGAAGCCAACUCACCGAGUCAACCCGACCACCCGACAGCGCUAUUCACAGCGGCAUCCGCAGUCCGGUGAGUUCGAGCUCGGACGUUUCGCGGAUGGGGGGAGCGGACGGGGGGUCAGCCGAGCAGGAGAAUUUGCUGGACUUACUGCUGGAGCGAACUACGACGAAUAAUGAUGUUGGUCGUGAGACAGCCACCGGUUCUGCUGGCCGUCUUGCGGAACCCGACGCCUCCUCCUCGUCCGGCUUGAUGCUGUACCGAACUUGCACGACCGAGGGGGAGGAUGGUGCGCGAAUCGUUUCUUUGGUGCCAAAAUCGCCCAGUGCAGCGGAGGAUGAGGACAGCGAGAAGAGUCCCGAGGUUCUUGUUCCACCUGUGGCUUGUUCAAACACGGAUCAUCCGGGUGUUGAGGGCUGCGGUGGUGCAGCACUUCAACAAACUGGCGCAACAUUGAACCCCGGAUCGCUUGCUCCGGCAGAAGACCUUGAUGAACGAACUCGUGCCCCCCACCUCCGGAGGGCAAUAUCUUCGCCACUUUCAUCUGGUCAACAAAACUGUCCCCCACCCAAGUCGAAACCCCCGUCGCUGAAAAAUCGACGACGUCCCUCGCCCCUCGUCACCCGCAACAAUGCAGCAGCUGCUGCACCUCCUUUCCGCCGCGAGUUGACCCCGCCGGACGAAGCGGAUGAAGUGGAGACGAGCCAGUUGUUGGAGAAAAAUCCACUGGGACAGCAAGCGCUUGGAACAACUAUUCCGGGAGCUGCUACUGCUCCUUCGGCCGGCGUUUAUCUUGCAGGUCAAGAUGCAGUAAUUUCGUCGUCCAACAGUAGCUCAUCAUCUUCACAAUCGGCUGCUCCAGACGGUAAGAGUCCGGGAGCUGUUGGUGUUGUACUUCUAGAGAACAAGACCAGCGGGGGCACAGGGGGUGCAGGGGAUGGCAGAACAGGUGGUGGUCCAGGGGAUCAUGGCAGCGGGGGUGUGGUGCAUCAACUAAGCGAAAAUACAAGUAGCGGAAAAAACACCCCAGCUGCACCAUCACCGCUGUUGCAAAACGGUUCGAAAACUAGUUUAAAGCCGUCAAAUGAAAUUUCCGGUGCGACAUCAACCCCACAACUUCGAAGCGCGCAAACCGCAGGCCCCAGCACAGGGAACAAGAGCAAUUCCAGCGUCGGGAUCAUAUCGGAACGCAAAUUUUUGCAACCAGGCGGAAGUGCUGGCGUGUUUCUUGCGGCCGAUAAUUCCGAUAAAAAUUCGGGCAGAAGUGGAGGUGCAGACAAAAAUGAGAUCAUUUUCGGAGUACUACCACCAGAACUCGCCUCAGGAAUAUUAAAACAGGGAGGCACAACAGCAAAUACCCGUGUUCGAGGAGGAGGCCAACCUCAUCCACGACAACCCGGCAACAUGAUAGUACCUGCUCCUCUCUCGUCGUCCUCCUCGUCGUCCACCCCACUUGACAUGAACGAUCCGUACGACGUCGAUAUUCAAAACGGAUCAACAGCGCCGACCCCAAGAACUUCUACUGCGACUUCCAUCAAUUGGUAUGUGCCCGAGGAUUUUAUGUCACUCGUCUCCCUGGCUGGAAUGACCCUGUACUCCGCGGAGUAUAUCCCAGAGAAAAAAGCUGGCAGGGCACAUUUGUAAUGCAAAAAUAAAUACACAGAAAAAAUUGUCAUGGGUGGCCCCGUAGCAUGCUGCUUCGGAUACGCAAUACAGAUUUUUUUGUGUAUUUAUUUUUGCAUUACCUGCCCGCUUUUUUCUGUGGGAUAGAGUACGUGAACACCAUCCUCCCCAUCUACGAGGCGCAUGAGAAAAAGGACAACUUCCCCCUCAUUUUCAUCCUCUGCGCGGUUUGUGUGGCGGGGCUCGCCUGGGCGAUCAGCUUCACGUCGUAUUUGACGAACCCGUUAUCCGAGUCCACCUACUGCUUCGCGGAUCUGCCGGAGGGUCCGCUCCGCACCGCGGUGCAAUUGUGCGUCACUGCCGGUUGCUUUCUGUCCAUUCCGGUGCUGUUCUUCGUGAUCCCGCACUUCUACGAGAAACAACUCUUCCACCAGUUGCUCAGCAUGACCGGGAAGUCCGAGGAGGAAGUCAGUCGGCGAAAAUGGUGCAAAAACGGGGUGUAUCAAAUGUAAAAAUGUCUGGGUCUGGAAGAUUGCAACUUGUCAUGCUAAAUCUGCAGCAUGCAAAAAUCUGUGUUGCAUGAUUACCAAAAGUCGCCAAAUUUUGACCAAGUGGGGAGGUAGUUUCUCAUGCAGAAUAGGCAUUAGAAAGGUCGCGCAGAAUCUGUCAUGCUAGGUCCGGCAUUCCAGACCUCAUGGGUCAUGGAAAAGCAGCAUCACAAAUCGCGCAUUCUUCCAGACCCAGACAUUUUUGCAAUUCAUAGGGUGCGCACGCUGAUCCUGUGCUCCAUCGUCCUCGUCGCGAUCCUGCUUGGCGAGCAGAACGUCCGUAUCAAAUGCAAAAGUGUCUGAGCAGUCUGGAAGAUUGCGAGAUUUGUCAUGCUUGUCUGGCAUGACCAAAAAGUUUGUGAUGCGUGUCCAAGAAGAGACCCUUUUGCCUGUCAUGCAAAAACGCAGUUUGUCAUGCUCAUGCGACAAACUGCGUUUUUGCAUGACAGGGCAUUCACUAUUCCCAACGCAGCAUUACAAGUUUCCAGACCCAGACAUUUUUACAGUUGAUAGUCCGCGUUUUGACGUCCUUCGUCGGUGGCUUUGCCUGCGCGCCCUUGGCGUUCAUAUUUCCGGUAUUUAUAAAUGAAAGGACAAAAAAUGCUGGAGUGGUGCCAAGAGUAGCUGCAAAAAGGCAGAAAUAAACAACUGUAUAAGCAAAAAUACGGACACCAAGCAUCGAUCGAAAAUGGGGUGAAAAAUGGGGUGAAAAAUGAUUGGGUGUUUCCUCAAAGAAAGUGAAAGAUUUGAAUUUGAACAAUACUCAUAUAAUUCCAGGUAAUCAUCUUCAACCAGCUGGGGGAGCCUACGCCCGUGCUCAAAGUGCUCAACUACGGCAUUGGGGUUUUUGGAAUUCUGGCCUGUAUCAGCUGCACCUACUUGGCGUUUACCGACCCAGGGGGCGGACAUUGAGUGUGACUUCGUGCUGUCGAAGAUCUCGUGAACAAGCUGUUUCCACCACCUCCUCCGCAAGUGCGUGUUGGAAGCGACGAACAGCAGCAGGCUUUCGGGAGAUAGAUUUGAUUACCUGGUGGCCAGAGACCGUUGUGCGGAGGAGUCAGUUGUUUUUGUUGAGGGCACCAGCAUGGUUAACCGUUUUAACGUUUAGAGAUCUCACUAAAAAACUUUGUGUUUGAAGUUUUCAAGACUUGAAUUGACAACUCAAGAAAGCUGUACAUCGGUCCGCUCCGAGUCCGAGCCGACAGGAAGCUUAACAAGGAAAACAAAUAGAACCGUGUGCAGGAGAAGCGGUUCGAUUUCACAGCAUCACGUUCUGGACCUCCUCUAGUGCUUAAUUAGAAAUCUGUGAUAUCAACAACAUCGAAGACAUUCUGUAGUUGCUCCCGCUGUUGCUCUAGUAGUACCCCUUCAAGGAUCAGUAAUAGGGCUACGCGACCAUCAUGUCGUGUAGCUGCAUGAAUGAAGAGGCGUCGCGGCAAUUUUAUCGGUUUUUAUAAUUUUGUCGAGAACUUUUACUCUACUCUGAAGUCACUUUGAUUUUUACCGUUUUUCGUUUGGAAUUGAAUUAGUUACUUAUUUUGCAAAAGGAAAAUAAUAGCGAGGAGACUCCACAUGGUGCUCCUACAUAGUCUAGUGGUUCAAUUAUACUUUCGUUUUCAUUUUCGUUGUCCGAAGCAAACAAAGUUCUUCUCUUUCUUGCUCUCGAGAACACAGCAUCAACGUUGGCUCCUGUAGUAGGUACCAAACCGCAACAUGAGAAAGUUGCUAAAUCAUGUGAAAUUCAACUUGUUGACUCCGAUCGAGCAGUAUGAUCUUUUGUAUUCACUUACAUUUUCAAUUUCAAAAGUUCAAGUCCGCGUAAGGUACCCAAAACAAACCAAUUCUACUUAUGCUCCUUUCUGCUGAAUACAGACCCUCAAUAAAUUCAAAAUGAAAAACCACACGAAAUAAAAUAUUACAGAAAAAAACUCUAGCG